ACAACAUAAAUCCAAUCUGAUAAGCUACCUUCAAAUAAGAGUGAAGAAGAAUAGUCAAACAACUGAUCUAGCCCAAAUCUCUAUAAAUAAGGACCCAAUAAAACACUCCUCACAAAUCUCCAGCUCUCAUCUCCAAACCUCCCAAUGGCCACCACUCCCACCACCUGCUCCGCCGACCUCGCCCAGCUCUUCGGGGCCAACACCACCAACGCCUCCGCCGCCGCCUCCUACAUCUGCAACACCUUCUCCGCCGUCGACACCCGCUUCACCGACACCAACUUCGCCAUCGACUCCACGUACCUCCUCUUCUCGGCGUACCUCGUGUUCGCCAUGCAGCUAGGGUUCGCCAUGCUCUGCGCCGGCUCGGUCCGAGCCAAGAAUACGAUGAAUAUCAUGCUUACGAAUGUUCUCGACGCGGCGGCGGGUGGGUUGUUCUACUACUUGUUCGGCUUCGCCUUCGCGUACGGCGCGCCGUCGAACGGAUUCAUCGGAAAGCAUUUCUUCGGGCUUAAAGAUGUUCCGGACGCGAGCUUUGACUACUCCAAUUUCUUGUAUCAAUGGGCGUUCGCCAUCGCCGCCGCGGGGAUCACCAGCGGCUCGAUCGCCGAGCGGACUCAAUUCGUCGCGUAUCUGAUUUACUCUUCGUUUUUAACCGGAUUUGUUUACCCGGUUGUUUCUCAUUGGUUCUGGUCUUCCGACGGAUGGGCGAGCCCGACUAAUACGGGAAAUUUGUUAUUCGGAUCCGGCGUGAUCGACUUCGCCGGAUCCGGAGUCGUCCACAUGGUGGGCGGCAUCGCGGGCCUCUACGGCGCAUUGAUCGAAGGCCCGCGAAUCGGCCGCUUCGAUCAGAGCGGCCGCGCGAUCGCGCUGCGUGGACACAGCGCGUCGCUGGUUGUGCUAGGCACAUUUCUACUCUGGUUCGGGUGGUACGGAUUUAACCCCGGCUCGUUCAACAAAAUCUCCAUUAUCUACAAUACUGGUAGUUAUUACGGGCAAUGGAGCGCCGUGGGCCGCACGGCUGUCACGACUACGCUAGCCGGAUGCACGGCGGCCUUAACUACACUCUUCGGAAAGCGGUUGUUAUCGGGUCACUGGAACGUAACGGACGUGUGUAACGGUCUCUUAGGCGGUUUCGCUGCGAUAACCGGUGGAUGUUCAGUGGUGGAUCCAUGGGCCGCAAUUAUUUGUGGCUUCGUAGCGGCCCUGGUGUUAAUCGGGUUUAAUAAAUUAGCGGAAAAAUUUAAAUACGAUGAUCCUUUAGAGGCUGCGCAGCUCCACGGCGGCUGCGGCGCCUGGGGGAUAAUUUUCACGGCAUUAUUUGCGCGGGAAAAGUACGUCGGAGAAGUCUACGGUGGCAAAGCGGGGCGGCCGCACGGGUUAUUAAUGGGCGGCGGUGGGAGAUUAUUAGGCGCUCAUGUGAUUCAAAUUCUGGUGAUUUUUGGUUGGGUUACCGUUACCAUGGGUCCGUUAUUUUACGGGUUGCAUAAAUUGAAAUUGCUGAGGAUAUCGGCGGAGGACGAAAUGGCCGGGAUGGAUAUGACGCGGCACGGUGGAUUCGCGUACGCUUAUGAUCUGGAUGAGUCUGUGAAGCAUGGGACUCAGAUGAGCAGGAUCGAACCCUCGCUCUCUAGCUAAAUUUGUUCUUUUAUUGAGUAUUAUUGGGUGCAGCGGCAUGGACACGUGUCUUCCGUGCCUCUUCCUAGAUCCGUCCCGUGUAGUAGUAGUGUUAUUAGAGUUAGUGAAUGUGUGAUGUGAAUGUGUGUGUUUUGUGUAAGUGAAGUGUGUCUGGUUUCGUUGAUGAUUUGGUAUGGGAAAUGUCAUGUCGUUUUGUUCUUGGCA